UUGGACUUGCAACACGAUUAGCCGCAAUGUGAAUUAUAAGUUUCAGAAAACUUUGCGUCUUAAUUUUGUUUCUGUGGGAACACUUUGUCUUAAAAGUUCCAAAAUAUAUUAAAGUAGCCAAAUGAAAGUUGUUGUAUAAUUUGAAUGUUAUCUAAAUAUAUAAUACUAUGAUAUGUUUAUGUUUGAUUUGAAAACAAUUUUGGAUGAAAAGAUUCUUGUUGUGAUCAUGAGAGAUUUAAAUGGUUUCAAAUAUCUGCUGAUACAAAAAUACUGAAAGUUCAAAGGUUUGUUUUACUACAUAUGAAUUCAAAUGAAUUUCAGUGCCUUUAAAAUGUCUUGGCUUUAUUUACUGAUUUAUAUAUUACUCAAAAAAUAACUGUAUACUAUUAAUUACUUGGAAUGGCUGGAGAAGAGAGUAAUUCACUCACUCCUUCUCCUCAAAUUGAGCCUCAGUUUUUAUGCAAUAUGUAUUCUGCUGCUGCUUUUGUUUUCCAGGCAGCUAAGGAAAAACAAGAAAUGCGAAUGCAUAAAGACAGACCACAUUCAUGUGAAGUGUGUAAAAAAACAUUUACUUUGAAAGGAAAUCUGAAACGUCAUAUGUUGACACACACUGGUGAACGUCCUUAUAUUUGUAAUAUAUGUUCAAAACGGUUUGUUCAACAAAGUAAUCUAAAAAUGCAUCUAUUAACUCAUACUAAUGAAAGUCCGUUUGCAUGUAACUUAUGUCAAAAGUCCUUUAAGCAGAAGUAUUUCCUCAAAAGACAUAUGAUGAUUCAUACAGGAGAAAGACCUUUUAACUGUUCGAUUUGUAGCAAAACUUUCAGACAGAAAUCACAUUUGAAAACCCAUGCUCUUUUGCAUUCUGGAGAUAAGCCACAUAUAUGCGAUAUUUGUGGGAAAUGUUUUGUUGUAAAAAGUAGGCUAAAGACACAUUUUUUGUCACAUACAAAAACUAAACAUGCUUGUGAUGUUUGUCAUAAAUGCUUUUCUUUGAGAAAUCAUCUGAAAGAUCAUAUGCAAUCUCAUGCAGCUGAACGAAGUUCUCAUUGUGGACUAUGUGGGAAAAAUUGCAGGCAAACUUGUAGCUUAAAGUUAUCUCUCCUGCCAGGUCGUAUGUAACAUAAGUAUUUAUUUUGUGUGUUUAAAAUUUUUGUUCAUGGAUUUGAUGUAUUGAUUUAUUAUGUGAUGUUUAAAAAUAUUUUAUUUAAUUUUAAAAGGAUGGAAACUAUAUGGUCCUUAUACCAUUUUAAAAAAUCUGUUUCAAUUUAUAAUGACUAUUUAGAUUUUAAAAAGUUGUAUUAAUUCAUAAUUCAUGAAACUUUUGUUGGAAAAGAACAUUUAAUGUUGAGUCAUGCACCUUUUAUAAGCUAGCAUUAAUUUUCUUUUGUAAUGCACAACUAACACCCAAUAUUUUAAAAUGAUGUAUCCAUUGAUGAUAUAGAUGAUUUAUUUCUCCUUUUUUGAAUUAUCUUAAAUGCAUUGCUUUUUAAAUUUACCUCCUAACAUUGUCAACUUAUUAUCAUUACUUUUUAAAAACAGUUUUACCAACCUUCAUAAUUAAA